AUGACCAUCACACCGGGAACUUUCUCCGCCUCGACAGAGAUUCAAACCUUCGAUGGUAUCCUUUCUGACUUUGAUGGAACAAUUGUGGACUCUACAGAUGCAAUUGUGAAGCACUGGCACCUCAUUGGUGCUGAGCUGGGCGUUGACCCCGAAGUAAUUCUGGCCACUUCGCACGGCCGGCGAAGCAUCGACACGAUGGCACUAUACGACAAGAGCAAGGCCAACUGGGAGUACGUCAACUUCAUCGAAGGCCGCAUCCCGAAAGAAUACGGCUCCGACGCCAAAGAAAUUCCCGGUGGCCGCGACAUGCUCGCCGCACUCCAAUCCUCCGGCGCGAAAUGGGGCGUCGUGACCUCCGGCACAAGGGCCCUUAUUGACGGCUGGCUCGACGUGCUAGGCCUCCCACACCCAGAAAUGCUGGUGGUAGCCGAGGAUGUAGAGCUGGGCAAGCCGGACCCGCGCUGCUACCUGCUAGGCCGGAAGAAGCUGGGAAUCGAGUCAUCAUCGGUGUUGGUGCUGGAGGAUGCGCCCUCGGGGAUCAAGGCGGGCAAGGCGGCUGGGUUCAAGGUGAUUGCGCUUGCGACGACACAUAAGCUAGAGCAGCUGAAGCAGGCUGGUGCGGAUUGGAUCGUUGAGGACUUGCGCAGCGUCUCGGUGAAAGGCGUUGUGGAUGGGCGGGUCCAGAUCGAGAUUCGGAAUGCGUUGCAAUAG